GGGUGCCAUUUACACUACACCACCCUCGUAGGAUUGUGAGUUGGUUCCUGGGGUUGUUGAAGGGAGCUGAAUCCAGAUGCAAGAUUACGUGCUAAUUAAUAUUCCCAAUUAAUCCGGUAAAGCAACAAUAUAUACCCCACUACCCUGCAGCCGUGACAUCGGUCCGGGAGUUUUCAUCUCGUACUAGGGUACACCUAGAUAAGUAGUGUAUUGAUCGACAUAUGAUCAACAUUACAUACAGAUGAAUAUAAUUAUAGUCAGCCCUCAUCCUGUGUGUGCUCAAGUCACAGGACAGCAAUGACAGGUACACGGAGGCGACUCGAUGAUACACUCGGGGAGGUCUUAGCGCGUCGAAAAACUCACGACAGGCUCAGAAAAUUGAGUAUUAUCCCAGCCAACUUUAUCGAUUUUUCAUCCAAUGGUUAUUUGUCUUUAUCAACAAACCGGGAAAUUCAGAAAUCAUUACUUUCUCGCUUACAGGCCGAAGUCGCAGCUCUAGAGGAUUGCAACGGAUCGCGCGAUUUGCGUAGGUCGCUCCUCGGCUCAGGAGGUUCUCGUCUCCUUGACGGCAAUUCGCCCCUUGCAGAGUCGCUUGAAACCAAGAUUGCCUCUUUUCAUGGCGCGGAAUCUGCGCUUCUAUUUACUUCCGCAUAUGAUGCCAACACCGGAUUGCUUGGUUCUGUCCCGCAGCCCGGAGAUGUGAUUCUCUACGACGAGCUGAUUCAUGCGAGCGUUCAUGACGGAAUGCGUAUGAGCCGGGCCACUAGAAGGAUCCCAUUUGCGCAUAGUUCCAUAUCAGAGGCCCAACGGGGACGAGUUUCUGACACCAAGGAAAGCCGUGCGGCUAGUGGUAGUAAGAACUACGGGCUCGAUCAUGUUCUGAGGGAAUUAAUGAAAGAUAAGCGUGUCACUAACUGCCAAGCCAACGUUUUCAUUUGCGUAGAAGGGCUUUACAGCAUGGACGGUGAUACUAUACACUUGAAAGAAAUUGUUGAGACGGUUGAUCGAUACCUACCAUCUGGAAACGGAUACAUCAUAGUCGAUGAAGCGCACUCGGUAGGUGUGUUCGGCAAAGAUGGCCGUGGGCUAGUAUGCCAGCUCGGCUUAGAGAAUCGAAUAUGGGCGAGGGUACUUGGUUUUGGGAAAGCGUUGGGGUGUGCCGGAGGCGUCGUUUUAUGCUCCCUUAUUACUCGAUAUUACUUGAUAAACUACGCCAGAAGUCUUAUAUAUACGACAUCGAUGACCUUUACGUCACUGGCCAGCAUAGAUGUUGUUUACGAUUUUCUCAUAAGCGGACAGUCCGAACCAUUGCGACGACAUUUGGAAACUCUCAUUUACUACACGCGCCAUCAACUUCAUACUCUCUACUCUCGUUUAAAUCCAAAUCGACACACACUUUAUGUUGAGCAAACAACCCUGAAGUCACCCAUUAUCCCGAUUCUAACCGCCUCCCCUCGUAGCCUCGCGAAACAUUGUCAACGCUUCGGCUUCAUGGUACGUCCUAUCGUAAGCCCAACCGUACCCAUAGGAAGCGAGCGAGUAAGAGUCUGCUUGCAUUAUUCUAACACAAAAGAGCAAGUUGAUGAACUAUGCGGUGUGAUUGAGCUGUGGGUAAAAGCUCAAAUGGCCGAAGAGAUUCUUAAAAAGGGUACAGAAAUUACAGACGUGUUCACCAAGGGAGAUAAGGCGCGAUUAUGA